GGCCGGGCCGCGCCGCCUCAGCCGCUCCCGCGCGGGCCGGAGAGGCGGGGCGAGCCCGGCAGCGCGGCGGAGAAGGCGGCAGGAAGCGGCUCGGCCGCGCUGCUGCUGCCCUGGCCCCGCCACAUGGUGCCCGCCGGCUGCGCCCGCAGGCUGGUUUCUAUUCUCAAUCGGGCCCUAGAAGACUGUGCUGAGCAAAGGAGGAAGCUAGACCACAGCUUAAAUCAAUGUCAAGCUCUUCUUGGAGAUUGGAAGAUUCAUGUUCCUGAAAGUCCAAAGUUGGAGGUCAGCACAAAGAGUGAAGGUGAGAAUGAGCCUGCAGCCAAGGAACUUGAGGAACUGGAGCUGCUCACUAGAGCCUUGGAGAAAGUAUUAAGAGUCCGGAAAAGUGUCCUGGAAACUCCAUUGCAGACUGUGGGAGCUGCAGAAGGAGAGAAGACUUCAGAUAAAAAGCCUGCUGCUAAAGCAUCUAUAACAGAGCAGGUGCCUGUGUCUAAGGAGAGCAUUCCUAAGACCAUCAAAGUGACAUCUUUGAGCAAAAAGCCUGUCACUUCCAAAAAGGCAUCAGCAUAUGUGCUGAAAGCUCCCUACCGGACUGACCUGGAUGUGAAAAGAAGCCACAGGAAAGCACCAGCCCAGCAGAGCUCUAGGAUCCCAAGGGUAGCUGUGAAGGGCUCCACUAAAGGAACUUCCUCCCAGCAAGCAAAGACGAAUGUACCAGUCAUGGGUCGGAAAGUGAUCUAUGCGGCUGCAGGAUCCCAGCAGGCAUGUGGUUCACCCAGAUCUCCCCUGUGCAAAGAGCAAAGCUUUGCCUUUGGGGACUCAACCAACCAUGAGAACUCAGGAGCAGCCAACCUCCAGUUAGCCAAUCCAGAGAAGAAUUCUCCUGGUUCCUUGGCAGAGUCACUAGUGACACAGAAUCCCAUGGCAGGAGAUAUUCCAGAGUGGAGUCCCACACCCCAAACAUGUACCCUCUGGGAAAAGAGGUCCUUGCUGAAGCUGCCUCCUCUCUAUAGGAAAACGUAUUCCAGGAAUUCCAGGCUGUGGGAGACAUGUUGUCUCUGUCAAACCAGUGCAGCUGCAGCUGCCACAAGGAACCAUUUUGUAGAGAGAAUACAGACAACAUUUUGUCCAUCUACUCCAACCAUAAGUCCUGCAGAGAUAGAAGAGGAAAUAAAUGUCCUACAUGAUGCUUACUCCCUUUUGAGUCACCGUUUCAAAGCCGAAAACACAGGCCAUACAACAUGGCAGAGUGAGUAUGAAUGUCUUCUAACUCUGGAAGGUCUGCAAACCACAGUAUCCCAGUGUCUGAACAAGCUGCAGCAGUUGCGAAGAGCUGCAGAGUCACAGGGGAGGCUACAAGCAUGCUGCAUUGGGGAUGCAGGAUGCCCCUCUGCAGAUUGUACUCCGUUCAGAGGACAGCAGUGUGGAAACAUGAGUGUCUUGGCAGUGCCUCUUCUUUACUACUCCAGUCUCCAGGAGCUGAGGGACAUAACAGCCUUGAAACUGCAGGUGGCAAUGCUUUGCCAGAAAAUCAACAUACAGAAGGCAGCCAGGAGUGAAGCAUGGCAGCAUGAAGAUCAGCCGGGUCUGGCUGGUCAUGAUAACUGAGCUUCUUCCAGUCCUGGAAUACAGGCUCCAUCACAAGGAUUCUGUCUCUCAUCUCUACCGUGCUGUUUACACUCUACUCUGUGAAGGUGGCGAACG